GCCGGUUGGGAGCUGGAACGUGACGGACCGGAAGCCAGCGUGCGGAAGAUGGCGGAUCCCGGAGUGUGGGAGAAUGUGGAGAGUGGGCUACACACGCGGGUUUUACAGACGCUGCGGGAGCUUCGCUUCACUCACAUGACCCCGGUUCAGUCUGCAACAAUCCCUCUGUUUCUGAGCAACAAGGAUGUAGUUGCUGAAGCUGUAACUGGCAGUGGAAAAACCUUGGCUUUUGUCAUUCCAAUUUUGGAAAUCCUUUUAAAACGGGAGGAGAAGUUAAAGAAGCUGCAGGUUGGAGCACUCAUUAUCACUCCAACACGGGAGCUUGCUAUCCAAAUUGAUGAAGUGCUGAAGCUGUUCACAGUACACUUCCCACAGUUCCGUCAGAUUCUCUUAAUUGGCGGGAGCAAUCCAAUAGAAGAUGUUGAGAAAUUUAAGAAACAAGGAGGGAACAUCAUUGUGGGCACUCCUGGCCGUUUAGAAGACAUGUUCAGACGACAAUCUGAUGGUUUGGAUUUACCCAGCUAUGUGAAGACCCUGGAAGUCUUGGUACUGGAUGAGGCUGACAGGCUUCUGGAGAUGGGAUUUGAAGCAAGUCUGAACACUAUCCUGGGGUUUUUGCCAAAACAGCGGAGAACAGGUCUCUUCUCAGCCACACAGACGCAAGAAAUGGAGAACCUGGUCCGAGCAGGUCUGCGUAACCCAGUUCGGAUUAUGGUGAAGGAGAAGGGAGUGGCGGCAGACAAUACCCAAAAGACACCAGUCCAAUUACGCAACUAUUACAUGACGUGUCGAGUGGAUGAAAAGUUUAACCAGUUAGUCGCCUUCUUGCGCCGGCAUAAACAAGAGAAACAUCUCGUCUUCUUCAGUACCUGUGCGUGUGUGGAAUAUUAUGGGACUGCACUGGACGCCUUUGUAAAAAAUGUACGAAUAAUGUGCAUUCAUGGAAAAAUGAAGCACAAACGGAACAAGAUUUUCACUGAGUUUCGGCAGCUUCAAAGUGGUAUUUUGGUUUGCACCGAUGUUAUGGCCCGUGGUAUAGACAUCCCUGAGGUUGACUGGGUUCUGCAGUAUGACCCUCCCAGCAGUGCCAGUGCCUUUGUCCAUCGCUGUGGGCGGACAGCUCGCAUUGGUCACCAUGGCAAUGCCCUUGUGUUCCUGCUUCCUAUGGAGAUGGCUUAUGUCAACUUCCUUUCCAUUAAUCAGAAAUGUCCAAUAGAAGAGAUGAAACUGCUGAAAGAUUCUGCUGAUGUCCUGCCAAAGCUGAAGAAGUUGGCUGUGUCUGACCGAGCCGUCUUUGAAAAAGGGAUGAAGGCAUUUGUGUCUUUCAUUCAGUCCUAUGCAAAACACGAGUGCAGUUUGAUAUUCCGAAUAAAAGAUCUGGAUUUUGCAGCCGUUGCUAGGGGCUUUGGUCUACUUAAACUGCCCAAGAUGCCAGAGUUGAGAGGGAAAAGUUUUCCUGGUUUCAUUCCCGAGAACAUAGACACAAACUCCAUCCGAUACAAAGACAAAAACAGAGAGAAACAGAGACAGAAGAAGUUAACAGAGCAGCAGCAGCAAGAGGGGCAUCAAAAGGAAGGGAAAAGGACAUUUGUGAAAAAUAAGCCCUGGUCAAAGCAGAAAACAAAGCGAGACAAGAGGAAAAAACAAACAGACAAAAGGAGGCGCGAUGAGGGAUCUGACAUGGAGGAGGAGAAUAUCGAUGAACUUCUCAAUGAUACCCGAUUGUUGAAGAAACUGAAAAGGGGGAAGAUCAACGAGGAGGAAUUUGAAAAGCAGCUGAUGGGGACGCAAGGGACAGAUGAACUAGAAGAUGUCUGACUUUGUAACUUUGUGAAGGCAAUUCCUUUUGUUUUAUUCCUGGGCUUUACUUUGAAAAAUAAUUUGUAAAAUAAAUUUCUUAUUAACGGGA